CGAAAAAAAAGUUAAGAAUUGACAGAAAAAAAGGGGCCAAAAUGUACCCUUUGCUUGAAGUUGAUCCUUGGACGGCCUUUUGAGUCCCGGAACAUACAGUAACCGUUCUCAGAUAGUCAACCAAGUCCUAAACAAAUUGAAAUUGAAUUCAGACUGAGAUUCCCAAUUUCCAGAAACCCUAUUUUAUGCCCCUUUUUUGCCUCUUCCACUCUAGGGUUUCUGCAACUGCAACAAUUAGCUUCCGCAAUGGCUGAAGAAGGUGUUGUUUUGAAUGCAAUGGCGUUAUUCGCUUGCAUAGCAAUGGCCCUCUUCUACGUCGCCAUCCUCUACGCUCCCACCUUCCUCCUCCGUCUCCCGCCUCCUUCUUCAUUCGAAACCUACAUGAUUAGACGCUUCCUCUGCGCCAUCGUUUCGUCUAUCCUCUCCCUCUUCCUCUCCGUACUCAUCCUCCCCGUGCAAACUAAGGAGCUGCAUCACAUUGUUGGUGUAUUUGGCAUCCGGAGGGACCAUAUUUGGCAAGCAGUGAUCCUUCCUCUUUGCUUGACCUCCCUAAUGUAUGCUGGGUCUAUCUUUGACAAGUGUCUUCUGUUAGUGGCUUCUUGGAGGCAGCACGCAAGUUCUGGGGAUGCCCUUUCCUUUGAUUAUUACAAAAUUGCCUUACAUCAGUUUCUUGACUGGUUAUCCGAGAUUUCGUCAAAUAUUUUGGUGUGGCGAAAUUAUGUUGUGGCACCCCUUACGGAGGAGUUGGUGUUUAGGGCAUGCAUGAUACCUUUACUUCUGUGUGGAGGAUUUAAAACAUACAGUGUUACACUUCUUUGCCCUAUUUUCUUCAGCUUGGCACAUUUAAAUCAUUUUGUGGAGAUUUACGCCAAGCAAAAUUACAGAAUAAUGAAGGCUGUUAUGGUUAUAGGUCUCCAGCUUGGCUACACUGUUGUCUUUGGGUCAUAUGCAUCUUUUCUUUUCAUUCGAACUGGACACCUUGUAGCUCCUUUAGUGGCGCACAUAUUUUGUAAUUUCAUGGGACUGCCUGUAUUGUAUUCGCAGAGAAGUAGGAUUGUAAGUGUAACAUUCAUAAUAGGAUUCCUGGGCUUCUUGUGGCUUCUUUUCCCAAUGACGGGCCCAGAUUUGUAUAAUGAUAGAAUAGAUAACUGCAGUUGUUGGCAAGGGUACUGCACAUGGAGAGAAAGGAUAAGAAUGCCCCAGAUGUAAAUGUUAGUGUUUUUUUUAGGAUGGGGUUGGUGGCCAAGGAAGAAAGAGUUCUAUUUGUGCAGAGUUUUCCUUAAAAUUGCUUCAAAGUUAGAAUUUUCCAAGGGCUUAAAAAAGACUCCACAUCAUUACAUGAUUAUAGUUUUGAAGAA